GAGAGAAGUAGAAGGGGGAUGAAUAGCCGAAGGGAUGGGUGAAUAACGACGCAAGAAACACCCACCCCCAGUUUUAGUCUGGACUGACUGACGGAAUAGUUGACUGAGAGAGGCUGAAACAAACCAGGGAGACAGACACUCUGGGGAUUGAGAGGAUUCGUGGGAAAUAGGAGCGUUUAGGAUUUGAUGAUUUGUGCAGAAGGAGCAUCACAGUUGUAAGGAUGCUGAUUGUAGGACUCCCAAUAAGGACGUGGUGUCCUCUGCUCUUCCUGGUGUUGGCUGUACAUUUCCCAGCCCCUGCCCAGGGUCAAGUUCCAGCUCCCAGAAGAUUACGUUUUAAAGUGCUGGCUACCAGCAAAUUACAUGUGUCUUGGAAAGAGCCGAAAGGGAAUGUCGACGGCUACAGAGUUUUAUACCACAGUGAACCAGGCGAAGAGAAGAAGGAGCUGCGGGUUUCGAAGGGGGAUAAUAAAGUGGUGAUACAGGACUUUGAUGCCAUGAAGGAGUACCACGUCAGGGUUCUAGCUGUGAGAGGGAACCAGCAGAGCAGAGCACUACAAGGGAAGUAUGCAGCUGAAGACCUGGAGGGUGAGGGAGGAGAGGGUGAGAGCACAAUGCCUCUGAGACUUGAUGACACCAGAGGCACUGAGGAGAUCAACGAGAUAUCUGGAGCAGAUCCUUUUGUCUGUACGACUCAGGCCAUAGCUGACAUAGUGAUCCUGGUGGAUGGAUCCUGGAGCAUCGGCAGGCUCAACUUCCGCUUGGUCCGCAUGUUCCUGGAGAACCUGGUCAGCGCUUUCAGCGUCGGGAUCGACCAGACCAGGAUAGGUCUGGCCCAGUACAGUGGGGACCCCAGGAUAGAGUGGCAUCUGAAUGCCUUCGCCACUAAAGAUGCAGUCCUGGAUGCUGUGAAGAACCUGCCUUAUAAGGGAGGCAACACACUGACAGGCCUGGCCCUGACCUAUAUCCUGGAGAACAGCUUCAAGCCCGAGUCAGGCUCCAGGAGCGGCGUACCCAAAGUCGGUAUCCUAAUCACAGAUGGGAAGUCCCAGGAUGACGUGAUCCCCCCUGCCCAGAGCCUGAGGGACGCUGGCAUCGAACUCUUCGCCAUUGGUGUAAAGAAUGCUGAUGAGAAUGAGCUGAGGGCCAUAGCUUCUGAGCCUGACAACACUCAUGUGUACAACGUGGCAGACUUCAGCAUCAUGAGCUCUAUCAUAGAGGGACUGACCCAGAUAGUCUGUGAACGGGUAGAGGAGCAGGACAAGGAGAUCAAAGGAGACUCUGCAGAACAGGAGACACAGGGGGCCCCUCAGGACCUAGUGACAUCAGAGGUGACAGCCAGGAGUUUCAGGGUGUCCUGGAGUCAGGCUCCCGGCAGUGUAGAGAAGUACCGUGUGGUGUACUACCCUGCUACCCAGGGAGGACGGCCUGAAGAGGCUGUGGUGGACGGCACAGAGAACUCUGUGGUUCUGCGGUAUCUCAACUCCUUAACAGAGUAUCAGUUAGCUGUGUUUGCUGUCUACACCAGCUCAGCUAGCGAGGCACUUCGUGGCAGCGAGACCACAUUGGCUCUCCCCAUGGUGAACGGCCUGGAGCUGUACGACGUUACCCACAACUCCAUGCGGGCGCGGUGGAGCGGUGUGCAGGGCGUCUCGGGGUACAUGGUCCUAUACGCCCCCCUGACCAAGGACCGGGCCUCAGACGAGAAAGAGAUGAAGGUGUCAGACGCAGUAACUGAUCUGCAGCUGGAGGACUUGACUCCUGCUACUGAGUACACUGUGACAGUCUACGCCAUGUAUGGAGAAGAAGCUAGCGAUCCUAUGACUAGCCAGCAGACCACCUUGCCACUGAGCCCUCCCAAGAACCUUGUGUUCUCUGAGGUGGACCACAACUCAGCCAAACUGUCGUGGGAAGCUGCCUCUAGGAAGGUGACAGGAUACCGCAUCAUGUACGUCAAGACUGACGGGCUAAAGACUGAUGAGGUGGAUGUGGGUCCAGUCACGUCCUGGACUCUGAAUGACCUGACGUCUGCAAGGGAGUAUGAGGUAGUCAUCUUUGGGAUCUACGACGAGGGCCAAUCAGAAGCCCUCUCUGGCAGCUUCACCACCGACCCUGUGCCAGGCCCUCUUGACCUCCAGGCCAGUGAGGUCACCGCAGAGAGCUUCCGAGUCAGCUGGGGUCACUCUGCUCCGGGUAUCGUCCUCUACAAACUGACCUGGGCUCCUUAUGAUGGAGGGGACACUAAGGAGAUGGUUCUAAGUGGUGAUGUGGACUCCUUCCUCCUCAGUGGACUGAGCCCUAACACGGAGUAUGAAGUGAUGCUCCAAGCCAUCUUCAGAGACCAAUCAGAGAGUGAUGCAGUGUUAGUGGUGGAGACAACACUUGCCAGGACAACAAUGGUUGCCACUACAACGCCAGUGGUGCGUCAGGCGGUGAGAGGCCUGCAGGUCCAGGAGGAGACCACCUACAGCCUGGAGGUGUCAUGGCAGCUGGAGGAUCCUAAGGUGGACCAGUACAGAGUCACCUACGUCAGCCUCACAGGAGACCGCAACGAGGAGUCAGUCCUGGUGCCUGGGCAGCAGACCACAGUCCUUCUCCAGCCUCUGCUGUCUGACACAGAGCACAAGGUGACGGUCACCCCAGUCUACACAGAUGGACAGGACGGCAUCAGUGUGUCUUCUGUGGGCAGAACAUUGCCCCUCUCGGCGCCUAGCAACCUGAGGGUGUCUGAGGAGUGGUUCAGCCGCUUCCGCAUCACCUGGGACACGCCUCCUUCUCCCACCUUGGGCUUCAGGGUAGUCUACCAACCCACCUCUGUGCCGGGGUCAGCUCUGGAGACCUUUGUGGGAGACGACGUCAACACCAUGCUGAUCCUGAACCUGCAGAGUGACACUGAGUACACUGUGAAGGUCAUCUCUUCCUACACCACGGGAUCCAGCCAACCACUCCAGGGCACCGCCAAGACAUUGUACCUGGGCGUGACCAACCUGAACACCUACCAGGUGAUGAUGUCCAGUAUGUGUGUCCAGUGGCAGCCCCAUCGUCAGGCUGACCUCUACAGGGUGGUCAUCGAGUCUCUGCUCAAUGGCCAGAAACAGGAAGUGAGGGUUGGAGGCUCUGCGUCUCGACAGUGUUUCUAUGAUCUGACCCCUAACAGCCAGUAUAAGAUCAGUGUUUCCACCCAGCUACAGGAGAUGGAGGGGCCCGCCGCCACCACCAUCACUACUACACUCCCCGCCCCCACCCAGCCACCGACACCACCCCCCACGUCACCCCCCCGGCCGACCAUACCGCCCGCCAAGGAAGUCUGUAAGGCAGCCAAAGCUGACCUGGUCUUCUUGGUGGACGGCUCUUGGAGCAUCGGAGACGACAACUUCCAGAAGAUUAUCCGCUUCCUGUACAGUACGAUGGGAGCUCUGGAUCUGAUUGGUCCUGACGGCACACAGGUUGCUAUAGCACAGUUCAGUGAUGAUGCCAGGACAGAGUUCAUGCUGAACUCAUACGCUAACAAGGAAACGCUGCUCGACGCCAUCAGGCGAAUCACAUACAAGGGAGGGAACACCAAGACAGGCCGAGCCAUUAAGCAUGUGAAGGAAUCUAUCUUCACCUCAGAGGGAGGGGUGAGGAGGGGCGUUCCUAAGGUACUGGUGGUCCUCACCGAUGGCCGUUCCCAAGACGAUGUCAACAAGGUCUCCAAGGAGAUGCAGAUGGAAGGCUACAUCAUCUUUGCCAUCGGCUUUGCUGAUGCGGACUACGGAGAGUUGGUGAACAUCGCCAGCAAACCCAGCGACAGACACGUCUUCUUUGUGGACGAUUUGGACGCUGUCAAGAAAAUUGAGGAGCAGCUGAUCACUUUUGUGUGUGAGGCUGCCACUGCCACUUGUCCAUCGGUUCUGAUGAGUGGCAACACUAUGGCAGGCUUCAGGAUGAUGGACAUGUUUGGCCUGGUAGAGAACGAGUACAGUAACGUAGAGGGAGUGUCCCUGGAACCAGGCUCCUUCAACAGCUUCUCCUGCUACAGACUGCACAAAGACGCCCUGGUCUCACAGCCCACCAAGUACCUCCACCCAGAAGGUCUGCCCUCUGACUACACCAUCACCAUCCUGUUCCGCCUGCUACCAGACACCCCCCAGGAGCCCUUUGCAUUGUGGGAGAUCCUCAACAAAGACAAUGAACCCCUGGUGGGGGUCAUCCUGGACAAUGGUGGGAAGACUCUGACAUUCUUCAACUACGACUACAAGGGAGACUUCCAGACAGUCACUUUUGACGGGCCUGACAUCAAGAAGAUGUUCUAUGGCAGUUUCCACAAGCUCCACAUGGCGAUCAGUAAGACCACAGCCAGGGUGGUGGUUGACUGUAAGGUAGUGGGAGGAAAGCCCAUCAACGCUGCUGGCAACAUCAGUAUAGACGGGGUGGAGGUACUGGGACGCAUGGUGCGAUCCAGAGGGAAGAGGGACAACUCAGCUCCGUUCCAGAUCCAGAUGUUUGACAUUAUCUGCAGCACGUCCUGGGCCAGUCGAGACAAGUGCUGUGAGCUCCCUGGACUGAGGCUGGAGGAGGACUGUCCUGCCAUGCCCCAUGCCUGUAGCUGUUCUCAGGACAGUAAAGGACCUCCCGGACCCACAGGACCUCCCGGAGGUGCUGGUAUCAGAGGGGCCAGGGGAGAUCGAGGGGAGCCAGGCAAUGUGGGGCCUCAAGGACUAGUUGGUGAUAAAGGUCCUCCAGGACCACAGGGCCCCCCUGGUCCUCAAGGGCCGAGUGGACAUUCCAUCCAGGGACCACCGGGUGGUGAUGGUGAAAAGGGAGAAAAAGGAGAUGUUGGUUUACCAGGACCUCAGGGUAUUGGUGGGUCUCCUGGCGGACCAGGAAGAGAUGGACCAGUUGGACAGAGGGGCCUGCCUGGGAAGGAUGGACCACAAGGACAGCAGGGUACUACAGGGCCCGUCGGCAGUCCUGGAGCCCCCGGGGCCCCUGGUGGAAGUGGCUCUCCUGGACCCCUGGGAGACCAGGGACCACCUGGCUCUGCUGGUACCAAAGGAGACAAGGGUGAACGGGGAGACCUCCAGUCUCAAGCUACCGUCAGGGCCUUAGCACGCCAAGUGUGUGAGCAACUGAUUCAGAGUCACCUGUCUCGCUACAGCUCCAUCCUGAACCAGAUCCCCAGCCAGUCAGUGUCUGUGAGGACUGUACCGGGACCUCCAGGAGAGCCCGGUCGCAGGGGUCUGCCAGGGCCACAGGGAGAGGGGGGGCCCACAGGCAGACCAGGGUUCCCUGGGACCAACGGACAGGAUGGACGACCGGGGGGGAGAGGUAUCCCAGGAGAGAAGGGGGAGAGGGGGAGUCAAGGUGUGGGGACACAGGGCCCCAGAGGUCCCCCAGGGCCACCAGGUCUUCUAGGAGAGGGCCGUACAGGCAGCCAAGGCCCCGCCGGUAGACCAGGCAGCCAGGGCACCCCAGGGCGACCGGGCACCCCUGGAUCCACGGGCCCUGCUGGCGCUGCUGGCUACUGCGACCAGAACUCCUGUUUGGGUUACAACGUUGGAGUACAACAACUCCCCCACACCAACUACCAAAACUAUCACCCCACUGGCCGUUAUGACCCCCGUGGAAAUUACAACAACGAUGAUGAAGACGAUGAGGAAGAUGAGGAGGAAGAGGACCCAUUCGCUGGGUAUAGAGGCUACCCCCCUCAGUACUACCAGCCCAAUUACCCUCACCCCCCUGCACGCCCUGCACCCCAAUCCCACUCCCAGGACACUGAGAUAAGGUCCCCAGGGAUAAUGAUGAGCCGUUUCUCCAGAGAUGUGGUCACACAGAGAAGAGCCACCGCUAACACAGACCAGACUGGACAGACAGGACAGACUGGACAGAGGAGCGAUGCUGCAGCAGAUACUGAAAGAGAGGUGGAGGUGAUUGGAGAAGCCCAGACUGGACAGAGGAGCGAUGCUGCAGCAGAUACUGAAAGAGAGGUGGAGGUGAUUGGAGAAGCCCAGACUGGACAGAGGAGCGAUGCUGCAGCAGAUACUGAAAGAGAGGUGGAGGUGAUUGGAGAAGCCCAGACUGGACAGAGGAGCGAUGCUGCAGCAGAUACUGAAAGAGAGGUGGAGGUGAUUGGAGAAGUCCAGACUGGACAGAGGAGCGAUGCUGCAGCAGAUACUGAAAGAGAGGUGGAGGUGAUUGGAGAAGUCCAGACUGGACAGAGGAGCGAUGCUGCAGCGGAUACUGAAAGAGAGGUGGAGGUGAUUGGAGAAGCCCAGACUGGACAGAGGAGCGAUGCUGCAGCAGAUACUGAAAGAGAGGUGGAGGUGAUUGGAGAAGCCCAGACUGGACAGAGGAGCGAUGCUGCAGCAGAUACUGAAAGAGAGGUGGAGGUGAUUGGAGAAGCCCAGACUGGACAGAGGAGCGAUGCUGCAGCAGAUACUGAAAGAGAGGUGGAGGUGAUUGGAGAAGCCCAGACUGGACAGAGGAGCGAUGCUGCAGCAGAUACUGAAAGAGAGGUGGAGGUGAUUGGAGAAGUCCAGACUGGACAGAGGAGCGAUGCUGCAGCAGAUACUGAAAGAGAGGUGGAGGUGAUUGGAGAAGUCCAGACUGGACAGAGGAGCGAUGCUGCAGCAGAUACUGAAAGAGAGGUGGAGGUGAUUGGAGAAGUCCAGACUGGACAGACAGUCCAACCACCUCUCUAUGUCCCUGUGGGUUAAUGAAGAUGCCAGGGUCUCCUGUAUGAUAGCGCUGUCAGAUUAGGAUAUCUGAAAGUGCCUGAUUUGUGUCAAUGCUGGUGUGUGGGAUGUAGGGGGACUGAGGAAGAGAAGCUAUCCCCAGUGAUGUACAUUCAAAUCACUUACCUUUGUAGUGAAGUUGCAUGCAGCCUUUGAGCCAGCGCAUUGAGAAUGACUGGACUGUGUCUUUGGGUUGAUGUGUAAUAAAUCAAACAUCUUUUUUGUAAUUUGACAUUAUGAAUGGAUGACAUUUGUACAGGCUGUCAGCUAUUUAUAACCAUGUGUCAUUUACAUUAUAGUGCUUCCAUGUUGACUUUACCCUCAAUCUUUAAGUUGUCAAGCCAGUUCUCACAAUGAUUUCUCACUAUUUGUGUACAAUGGCCUCUCUUCUUGAUUUAAUAUGAUACAUCGUGACCUCUGUUGAAGCAGCUUUCCCCCCACUGUUAUUGUACGAUGAGGAAGUUGUUUUUUUAAGCAUGCCUAAACAUUGAGGAACCAAACUUCAACCACUGUCCUAUCAAAGAAAACUACAGCUAUUGUAAGACUCUCAAGCGUUCUCGUCCAAUCGACCUGUUAUCGCAUUGUUAAUCGACAUGGACUUGGUCUUGUACGACUGGGUGUUAGUUACGCUUACUCUUGUCACAGGCAACGACAGAGAAGGUGCUAGAAGGACUUGUGAUGAGCUCCACAAAUCUGAAGCUUAAUGUUUUCCUUAUUGCCUUUCCAAUGUGUUGUUGUUAUUAUGAUGAUUAUGCAACGUGGUGCCCGUCCACUGUGAGGAGAGUGUUGAAUAUAGUUAGGCCUGUGGUCUAAUUUGUGUUUUUGGACAGAAAUGGAAUUCCGAAUGUAGAACUAACAGGUACCAGUGAAAUGUAUCAUCAGACCAGACCACCAAACGUUUGAAACUGAUUUAGGAAGUUAUUUAUUUAUACUUUAUUAUUUGUUUUAUAACCAAUAAAACUGUAAUACAACAGUG